AUGGGUGAUGGUCUUUGUGAAUUCAUAUUGAGAAAAAUUCUUGACUCUAAUUUCAAGGUAGAUAAAAAUCCAAAGAGUGACUGUGAAUUUGAUGAUAUUGGAAAGAGAUUCAGACAGUCUUCUACCCUAAAUCACUGUAAGAAAAUGACCUCAGGGAAUGACUGUCUUCAGGAUAGUGAAUAUAGGAAGUGCUUUACUGAACAGGUAGAACCUUUUCAGUCCCAGUGGAAGCCUCCCAAAAUGUCACGGUAUCCAUGCAAUCAAAGGGAAAUGGCCUUGAGCUGGAGUUCAGACCUCAGUAGGUGUCAGAAAAGUGAUAUUGGAGAAAUGCUUUCUGUAAGUAAUAAAGAUGGGAAGGCCUUGAGUUGGAACUCAGAUCUUGACGGACCUCAGAAGAUUCAUAGUGGAGAGAAGUUUUAUGAAUGUGAUGAAUGUGGGAAUGUUUUCAGCUAUAGAUCACUCCUUAUUGGCCAUCAGACAAUCCACACUGGACCUUUUGAAUGUAAUCAGUGUGGAAAGGCUUUCACAAUGUGGAAGAAUCUUGCAGCUCAUCAAAAAAUCCACACUGCAGAGAGACCUUUUGAAUGUAAUCAGUGUGGAAAGGCUUUCACACAGAUCUCCAGUCUUGCUGCACACCAGAGAAGCCACACUGGAGAGAAGUCUUAUGGAUGCAAUCUCUGUGGAAAAGCUUUCAAAUACAGCUCCAAUCUUGCUAAACAUCAGAGAGUCCACACUGGACACAAACCUCCUGAAGGUGAAGAAUGGGGCAGAGCCUUUAGCUACCACUCUUCUUUAGAGAAACUUUACGAAUAUAAUCAAGGUGGUUGUGCUGCCACUGUGCCCCUCCUGCCUGGAGACCAGAGCAGCCUACCCACCAACCAGCAGUGUUGUGCCAGGCACUAA